CUCUCUCUCUCUCUCUCUCUCUCCAUGUUUUGGUAAACCACUUUAGGUAACCAGAAAACAAGCCCAUAAGAGUCUUUUAGACCUGCCACCACUCCAUAUCAUAACCCCUCUAUCUCUCUCUCUCCCUACCCACAUUUUGUAUUUUGUUGUGAAGUGAGGAAGAGGAGAGAGAAAGCUAGCUAAAGUAGCUUAGAGAGCAGAGCAGAGCAGAGGUCAAAAUGAAGAGGUCACCUUCUUCUUGUUGGUCUUCAUCUUCAACUUCAAGUGUUGAGUCUGAUCUUCAUCCUGCUCAUCAUCAUGAUGAUCAAUCAGCCCAGCGCAAGCCCAAGGCCAAGCGUCCCAGAUCCAGACCCAGAGGAGCUAUCAAUAAAAAUCUCAACCAAAGCACGUCCCAAAAGAUUAUUAAUCCCAACUCUCCCAGAAGAAGCUCCAUUUACAGAGGAGUCACCAGGCACAGAUGGACAGGGAGGUUUGAAGCUCAUCUGUGGGAUAAGAGUUCAUGGAAUAGCAUUCAAAACAAGAAAGGAAGACAAAUUUAUUUGGGGUAAUAUGAUAAUGAGGAAGCAGCUGCUCAUACCUACGAUCUUGCGGCCCUUAAGUAUUGGGGGGCCGAUACUGCAUUGAAUUUUCCGGUACUAUUUUUCUUCUUCCUUGUCACACUUCUAUCUUUUUAAAUUUUGCUAAGCAAGUUUGUAAUUAAUUUUAGUUAUGCAUGAAUUAUUUUCAGCUAACAAUUUAUUUAUUUAUUUAUUUAUUAUAAAAUAUUUGCUUAAAAUACAAAUUGAUACAUACACCAAGGAACUUGGGGAAAUGCAAAAGCAGUCCAAGGAAGAGUAUUUGGCUUCCCUACGACGCCGAAGCAGCGGAUUUUCCAGGGGCGUUUCUAAGUACCGUGGUGUGGCAAGGUAACCCACCACCAAACUUUGGGGAAAUUCUAUUUCCACAAACUCUUUAUCUCUGUGUACAUAAUUUUUCAAUGCACACACUUAUGAAAUUGAUUUUAUAAUUUUGUUCUCAAUCCACACAUCACUUGUUCUAAUUAU